AUGAAUAACUGUACAGAUAACUUCAUACCGGAAUCAUCUACAUUCUCCACAACUCAACACAUUGGGCUGCUAAAAGUUUUGGAUCUUUGUCUGCACAGCUUCAAUUUCCUGUUCGGUUUUCCUACACACUUCUAUGUGACAUGGCUCAUCAUCACAGGAACAGGAAGUGGAGUUGCAUCAGAAUUCUUCAUCCUCAAUCUCUCUGUUUGUGAGCUGGCCAAUACUCUAAACAUUUUUCUUCAUGCACUUGAUCGCUGGUUUUCAAUUCUCAAAGCAUUGAAAUAUUUUUUCUUAGGACUAGGCAUCACUGGUCGUCCUCUGUUUCAGUGUCUGAUGUGUGUUGAGCGUUACCUGGCAGUGGUUCAUCCUGUCACCUUUCUGAAGUACAAACCUCUCAGAUACAGAGUGAUCUGCUGCACUGUGGUCUGGAUAUUCACUCUUGGCUCCUGUUUGUGCUGCUGGUUUACUAUGGUCUCAUGUAACUUGUAUAUUUAUGUAUGCUGCUUCUCACUGCAGUUCCUCCUCUCCUUCUCCAUCCAGUUGUUUUUUCUUGUGGCUGUUCUCAGAGCUCUGAAGCAGUCAGGACCAGGAGAGAGAGCGAGAGAGAGAGAGGAGAAAAACCACAUGAAGAGAAGAGCAUUUUAUCUGAUUCUGAUAACUUCUGCGAGCAUGUUUAUCACAUAUGUGCCGUAUAUUGUCUCAGGGUUACAUUUUAUUCUGACUCGAGGUUAUUUUCAGGAAGCUUUUUCUGUUGCUUUUUUUUGUUAUGUACUGGCUGGUUUUGUUCAGCCUGUACUUUAUCUGAACCGGGAAGAAGUCUAUGAGAAUUGGUUCAUCCUGUAA